UUGAUAUAUUUCGCCAUUCCAAAAUCUUUUCUUACUCCCCAAUCUAACUUUCUUGCAAUCCCUUCCGAAGAAUCGCAUUAAUCUUCUUGCAGGUUGAUUAAUUUGCUUAUUUGAUCGAUUCGUAGUUGUUUGCACAACUCAACUUUUGGCCACAAUCUUCCUAUACCAACUGUUUGUUGGUUUUCUGGAACGAUCGGAUUGGGGUUUGUACAGUGGGCGAAUAUGAUGAUCAGAAUCCGAAGCCGCGACGGUUUGGAGCGGGUUUCGGUCGACAAUCCGGCCGCCACCGUCGCCGAACUCAAGUUCGCGAUCGAGUCGCAGCUCCGAGUUCCCGUCCACGCCCAAAUCCUUUCAACUAACCAGAAUCUGCUCCUGGCGAAAGCCCCAGGCGAUUUGAACAAGUUCACAGACAUGCUCGAUCCCAACGCUAGGGUUUCCGCACUGGGUAUAUCCCACGGUUCGAUCGUGUUCUUAGCUUACGAGGGCGAGCGCACUGUCGCCGGGCCGGCUUUUCACCCAUCGGGAUCCUUCGGGAAGAAGAUGACUAUGGACGACUUGAUUGCGAAGCAAAUGAGGAUUACGCGGCAGGAGAAUCCGCAUUGUGAGCUCGUGUCGUUCGAUCGAGAUGCUGCGAACGCGUUCCAGCACUAUGUGAAUGAAAGUUUAGCUUUUGCUGUGAAGCGCGGCGGAUUUAUGUACGGGACGGUGUCGGAGGAAGGGAAGGUGGAGGUGGAUUUUAUCUAUGAGCCUCCUCAGCAGGGGACAGAGGAUAAUUUGAUACUUCUAAGGGAUCCUGAAGAAGAGAAGUUUGUUGAGGCUAUAGCACUGGGGCUGCAAAUGAGGAAGGUGGGGUUUAUAUUUACCCAGACUAUUAGCCAGGACAAGAAGGAUUACACAAUGUCGAAUGCUGAGGUUUUGCAGGCCGUGGAGUUGCACGCCGAGGGGGAUUUGAAAGAGUGGGUUACAGCUGUGGUGAAGCUUGAGGUGAAUGAGGAUGGUGGAGCAGAUGUGCAUUUUGAGGCUUUUCAGAUGAGUGAUAUGUGUGUUAGGUUGUUUAAAGAAGGGUGGUUUGAGACUGAGGUGAAAGGGGAGAUUGAUCCGAAGCUGUCGAGGAUGAAGAAAGAUGUGGUGGUUGGGGGGAAGGAUGUUACGAGUGUGGACAAUGAUUUCUUUCUGGUGGUUGUCAAGAUCUUCGAUCACCAGGGUCCUCUGGCAACUACAUUUCCAGUCGAGAACAGAAGAAUUCCAGUGUCGCCGGGUGCACUAAGGUCCCAUCUGGACAGGAGCAGGAAUCUGCCAUUCGUGAAACGGAUUUCUGAUUUUCACCUACUGCUCUUCCUUUCCAAAUAUCUAGACGUCAACAGCGAUGUCCCUGCCUUAUCUGGCUGUGUAAGGGCGCAGGCUACAGUGCCGGAAGGAUACCAGCUACUGAUUGAGUCCAUGGCCAGUGCUUGUUAAGAUUACCGACCCACAAUGGGCUCUCGCCUACGCCUUGGCAGAUAAGUGAACAAAAGAAAGAAACUGAAUCCAAACAUCUCAGAUACUUUUUGGUCUGUUUGGGUGAAAUAUAUGCUAUAUAUAUAUAUAUAUAUAUAUGACUAUGUACCCUUUUGUCAAGUAUAGUUUCUUCUCUUGCUUUGGUAUUUAUUCGGACAUUAACACCCUUACUCUUGAUUUAUUUAUCCAUUUUAUGUUCUCAA